AUGGACGGUAUAGUAAUACUCGGCAUAAUAGUUGCCGGUGCGCUGAUAAUCGGAGCCACAAAGCAGGAUGUGUCCGGCAUGAGUGAUUCGGAGGUAAGCGCAGAGAACAUACGCAGGGGAGUUCGCGAGGGAUGGUACACAGCGGUACUCACAAGGGUAAACGGACAGGCUGCUGUCCGGCUUACCGGCAAGACUACCAACGGAUGGAAUACCGGAGGAACGAUGAAACGAUUAUUAUUUAUAGUGCUGCUGGCAGUCGCUACCGGAUGCGCAUGCAAACGGAAUACGGUUGCCGGUAGCAUAUCCAAAGAGGAGCACAACCACAGUAACAUAGAGCGCGUCAUCGACAGCAUCUAUAUCGAACACCAAGUUAUGGUAGAGACUAAAGGUGAUACGGUCUAUGUUAGAAACGACAGUAUAGUGCACCACUACCACAACGAGACGGUGCAUGAUACUGUCACCUCCGCGACUACCGACACUAUCUAUAAGCCGGUAAUCCCGGACGGAUAUGUAAAGCCGGAUGAAUGGGAUGUAUUUUGGGAGAAGUCCGGUAAACUUGCAUGGAUCAUACUGCUGCUUACGAUUGCAGCCGGUAUAGUAGCCAUAGUAAUAAAACUAAAGAAACGAUGA